UACCCAUUUAAAAAAAUGUUUCAUGAAUGCAACACGACGCGGAAUCUGUGCGUAUCUCUGCGUCUGACGUCACUCCCCUUAGUAACCCUCGGCGGCGUCUCCAGGAGAGAAGGCAACAAGAUGGGAUUGCUGUCCAUCCUGCGCAAGCUAAAGAGCACACCAGACCAGGAGGUGAGGAUACUGCUGCUGGGUCUGGACAACGGUGGGAAGACCACACUCCUUAAACAGUUGGCAUCUGAGGACAUCAGCCACAUCACGCCCACGCAGGGAUUCAACAUUAAGAGCGUGCAGUCUCAGGGGUUUAAACUAAAUGUCUGGGACAUUGGAGGCCAGAGGAAGAUCAGGCCGUACUGGAGGAACUACUUUGAAAACACAGAUGUUCUGAUUUAUGUCAUUGACAGCGCUGACAGAAAGAGGUUUGAGGAAACGGGUCAGGAGCUGGCUGAGCUGCUGGAUGAGGAGAAGCUGAGCGGUGUUCCUGUGCUGAUCUUUGCAAACAAACAGGACCUCCUGACCGCCGCCCCAGCCUCCGAGAUCGCAGAGGGUCUCAAUCUGCACACCAUCCGGGAUCGCAUGUGGCAGAUCCAGUCCUGCUCCGCCCUCACUGGCGAGGGGAUUCAGGAGGGCAUGAACUGGGUCUGCAAGAGCGUCAACUCUAAGAAAAAAUAGCUUUGCUUGUAGUCUUCUACUAAUCAGGAGGACCAGCAGCAGCAACAGCAGCAGCACACACGCAUACACUGACACACAUUGCACCCUCCUGAGCCUUAGUACAAGGGAUAUACCUGUGAAUGUACACACACUACUAAUCCAACAUGGACUUGGAGUUUUUAACCCCUUUGCAUUCCCGCAUCGCUGAUGUUUACUAAUCUCAGCACAUCUUUCUGUGCUGGCCUCUACAACGAGGAGGGGCAUUUGCCUUCAAAAGGGAACCCAAACCAGCAUAUCGACCCCUUCCACCCCUCCGCCGUCCACCCACGUCACCAUCUCUGUCCAACCGCAGCCACCCAUGCGCAGCCUGUCACAGCCUCAAACAUUCCCAUUAAACUGCUGUCUUUCACUGGAAUUCCAACAUGUUCUUUAAGCUCUUUCACACGCUGUCCUGGAAACCACCCCCCUCCCUCCAUCUCACCCCUAUGUCGUGACAGUUUUUGUUGUUUUUGGUUCUUCUUCAUUCCACAAAAGGCUGUAACGCGCUUUUCCUGCUAUGGCUCUGUUCAAAGUGACGUAUAUUUUUGUAAUUGUCUUAUUUAUGGUGAAGUAGAGUGUAGAGUGCUUUUGAACAACAGCUCAUGCAGCGUGUGUGUGUGUGUGCGUGUGUGUGAUUUCAAGGAUGUUUGAGAAACAGUCCAACUCCCCCCACUACAGAUAAAAUAAUACUCUACAUGUUAAUAUGUAAAAAGGAGGCUGAAAUUAAAUGGUUAAAGACAUUUUUCGAUCAACUGUAAAUAGCUCAGCUCUGUGUUCAUAUGUUACGUUAUGCACAUGUUAUAGAGUAUUUGUUACCCUGCUGUAGUCUAUAAUGUUUGCAUAUCUAAUGUAUGCCUGCAGAUCUGUAACAGAGGAAUAGGUACUGUAUGUCCCAGUGCAUUUCUAUGUGCAGGUAAUUCGCUCCUUUUGAUAUUCUUGAAUGUAAUCUGUCCAGAGCUGAAGAUACUGUAUGUGAAUAAAAACACGAGAAAAAUGUU